ACAGUCGAAGAGUUUUGUCCACGCGCCAUUUACACAUCAGGCAAAGCUUCUUCUGCUGCUGGUUUGACAGCUGCUGUUGUCAAAGAUGAAGAAUCGUUCGAGUUUGUGAUCGAAGCAGGUGCUUUGAUGUUGGCUGACAAUGGGGUUUGCUGUAUUGAUGAGUUCGAUAAGAUGGACCUGAAAGAUCAGGUGGCUAUUCACGAGGCUAUGGAACAGCAAACUAUCAGCAUAACUAAAGCCGGUGUGAAAGCGACACUCAAUGCGCGAGCUUCUAUUCUGGCUGCCGCAAAUCCAGUAGGAGGCAGAUACGAUCGCUCACGUCCUUUGAAGCACAACGUUCAACUAUCAGCACCGAUUAUGAGCAGAUUCGAUCUGUUUUUCGUUCUGAUCGAUGAGUGUAACGAGGUAGUCGAUUACGCUGUAGCUCGUCGUAUUCUCGAUAACCAUCGCGCUAUUUCUAAUCAUUGCCCGCGCGAGACAAAGUAUUCUCUUGAGGAUAUUCAGAAAUAUAUAACAUUCGCGAAGUGCUUCAAACCUCAGAUUAGCCCUGAAGCAGCCGAGGCAUUGGUUACGUCAUAUAAGCGUCUUCGCAUGAAUGACAGUAACAAUGCAGCAACGUCAUCGUGGAGAAUCACUGUGCGUCAGCUUGAAUCCCUCAUACGGCUCUCAGAAGCUUUGGCUCGUUUGCAUUGUGCUGCGCAGGUCAGUGUGGAACAUGUGAAUCAAGCUACGAAACUGCUGAGCAAGUCGAUAGUGAGAGUUGAACAACCGGAUAUUGCUCUCGAUGACGAUUUUGAUACUGAUACAAUAAUGGAAGUAGACGAAGAUAAGGAAAAUGCAGAAGCCACUAUGGAAACAGGAGAUGCCGAAGAAAAGCGGGCAAAGGUUGAUCAUGCUAAGCUGAAGAUCACAUUCGAAAAAUACAAACACCUUGCCGACAUGCUGGUACUCCAUAUGCGCUCCGAUGAGGAAGCGGUGGAUGAGGAAGACUAUGAAGGGGUACGGCAGGAUUCUCUGAUUGACUGGUACGUUCUCACUUCGAAGUUCAUUUCUACGGGGUUUUGUGGU